UUGUCGGUAUUGUUCUUUUUAAACAAAAACGAUGCUAUUCCGGCAUAUUGGUUAUAUCACGAAUUUGCGUUUUUAACACUGUGUUAUUUGCUUCUUUUUUUUUACGCAUUUUUUUUAAAAAAACUUAGCAAUGGCAACGAAGGACACCACGCCCUCCUUAUUUGUUCAUAGCCCAGUUCUAAAAGCUCUUCAGAGGCUUGCCCAAAAUCAAACCUUAUGGACAGCACCCUUAAUCAUCAUCUUGUUUGCUUCCCUAAUUCGUUGGUCUGUUGCUCUAAAUCCUUACUCAGGAUACAAUUCACCACCAAUGUUUGGAGAUUAUGAAGCACAGCGUCAUUGGAUGGAAAUUACGACUCAUUUACCGACUUUGAAGUGGUAUAGAUAUGAUUUACAAUGGUGGGGGUUGGAUUACCCACCUUUGACGGCAUAUCAUAGCUGGCUUUGUGGUUUGAUAGGGUCCAAGAUAAACGCGUCUUGGUUCGCUUUAGAUACAUCAAGAGGAAUAGAAACUACUUCCAGUAAAGUGUUCAUGCGAUCUACUGUGUUUAUAUCAGAAGCACUGAUUUAUGUACCUGCUGUAUAUUUAUACUGUCAAAUUAUAUACUCGUCUAAUGGACAGUACUUAAAAAAGCACAUGGCGGCUGUAUUAAUUUUGAUGCAACCUGCUUUAAUCAUGAUUGAUCAUGCUCACUUUCAAUUUAAUAGCGUUAUGUUAGGAUUGACCUUGUUAUCUAUCGAUUGCUUUCUCACCAGACAUUAUGUAUUGGGAUCUGUCUUCUUUUGUGCAUCCUUAGGCUUUAAGCAAAUGGCACUGUACUAUUCUCCAGCUGUAUUUGCAUUUUUAUUGGGCAGAUGUUUUUCCGAAAAAAACGGCAUAGUAUUAUUUGUUAAGCUGGGCGUAACUGUAGUAAUUACAUUUGGAAUCAUGUUUUCACCUUGGUUGAGAUCAUUGGAUGAUAUACAACAAGUCAUUAUUCGCGUAUUCCCUGUAGCAAGGGGCCUUUACGAGGACAAGGUGGCCAAUGUAUGGUGUGCUAUCAAUGUUGUAAUCAAACUUAAGCAAAUAUUAUCUGUAGAGUCGACUGUUCGUUUGAGUUUAUUGACAACUGUAUUGGCCGUGUUACCCAUUGGAAUUCACUUGGGGAUAUCACCAUCAAAGAAGCGUUUUAUUUAUGCCUUAAUCAACUCUUCACUUGCUUUCUUUUUGUUCUCAUUUCAAGUACAUGAGAAAUCUAUUUUGUUGCCACUUUUACCUGUCAGCUUACUUGUAUUGGAGGAACCUAUUGCAACUACAAUGUUUAUGAAUGUUGCCAUGUUCAGUAUGUUUCCGCUAUUGAAACGAGAAGGGUUAGUUAUUCCUUAUUACAUUACAAGCGUCAUGUGGAAUUGGCUAGUUGGUGGAUAUGGACCUAAUACAUCUUUAACCACAAGACUCGGUACUUUGGGCGUCCAUAUCAUGUUUGUCAUCUGGCAUAUUGCCGAAGUCUCUAUUCCAGCUCCUCCCAGCUUGCCCGACCUAUAUACUGUUAUCAACGUACUCAUUAGCUGCGGAUUGUUCACCAUCCUGUUCUUUUAUUACGUCUACCGUCAGUUCACAGUUACGUCCUCUGCCAUAACCAAUCAAAAGAAGACACAGUAACAACCAUAAUGAUAGUUAUGUUAAGCCAUUGCUUUGAUAAUAAUGCAAAUGUAGAUAGACUCUUUAUUUCAAAAAUAAAUACAAGCUGAUAACAGCAUUUAUAGAUAUAUAGAUGCGAUAUACCGAUGUAAACUUUAUCAUAUACACUUAUAUAUCAAAUACAUGAUAUCAAGUUACUUUGUUCAGACCUAUCUCAGUU